AUGGCGAUAGACGGUAAGUCCUUCCUCGGUCUCAGGUGUUUCUGCGGAACUCGUGAAGAACUUUGCUCGGGACAGAACCGGAAAUCCGUUUAAACCGUAUUUUACGUUAACGGAGUGAUCGGAUCGUUUAAUCGGAGAAGCAGUUCGGUUUUUUAUUCACUGACACACUCUGAGGAGAACCGCAGUGCUCCACAGUGGCUGGGACAGCUAGCAGCUGAUGCUGAAGUGCGGACGUCCACCGCACUGAUGCGGGAAUGUUGGGAUCCCUUCACGGGAUGCACGCGAGCUCUCUCUCCCUGCUGCGUGAAGUGCAGCUAAAAAAAGGACCGGGGUGCAGGCUGCGCCGCUGUUUCCUCUCAUGAUCGGUGUGUUUCUUUAAAAGUGAAGGCAUGAAUUAAAGAUCAUUUCUCGAGCAGCUGCGACUCCGCACCACGUGACUUUGUUGUGAUCCAGUUAAAGGACUACAUCUCUGAUCGGAUGAAUAUCGGCAUGUGUGAUUGGACACUCCGUCAGUUUUCUGUGCUGUUAUAAUAACCCAACAACUCUGAUGUUUGUGGGGAGCGUGCUCGACCUGUUUCCGAGCCUCCAGGACGGAGGAGGAGGAUCAUCGUCCUCUGAAGAUCUAAACGGAGGUGACCGGAGAACAUCAGCAGGUAGACAGACAGUCAGUCAGGAGGAGGCGCGUGCCUUUAGCCCGCCGUCCCAUCACGGUUCUUAUUGUGUCACGUGCAGCCAUGCGUGCAGCGGUGUUUGUAUCACUGACUCUACAGAGCGAGAGAGAGAGAGAGAGAGGUACUAUGUACGGUGGCCCAGAACUGUCACUGCUGCAAAUAAAAUAAUUAAUUGAAAAUAAAUUAAAAAAAAAACACAACAGAAGUUACCACUGCAAAAAAGAAAGAAAGAAAGAAAGAAAGAAAGAAAGAAAGAAACCGAAGCCUGCUGCAAAUAAAAAAAAGUACAAUGGAGUAUAAGGGCCAUAUUAAAAACAUAUUUUCAAAAAUGAAGUCUACAUAAGUACUUAUGAGAAUAAAGUCAUAAGAAAAUCAUUUUUUUACAAGAAUAAAGUCACAACAAAAUCAUUAUUUGAGGGAAUAAAGUCAUAAUAAAAUCAUUUUUUACAAAAUAAAGUCAUAAUAAAAUCAUUAUCUAUGAGAAUCACGAAUUAAUUACAAAGUCUUAAUUGUAUUUUUCUUAAUGUGGCCCUAAUACUCCGUCGUAUAUAAGAAAUGGUGCAGAUAAAAAAUAAAAAGCCACAGUGGAAGUUAACGACACACAAAAAAGUGGUGAUGGAUUUAAAAAAAGUUAGUUACUGUGAAAUUAAAUUUCUUAAUUUAUUUGUGACUAUUUUUUUUAUUUUUUUUUUGCUUCCUUUUUUUAUUUGCAGCAGUGGCGGAUCUCGGCCACCGUAGUGUUUACAUCACUGACUCUACAGAGAGAGAGAGAGAGAGAGCUACUAUGUACGGUUACGAGAACCGCAACUGCUGCAAAUAAAAAAAGAAGUUACAAUGGAAGUAACUGAUGCAAAAGAAAGAAACUGAAGCCUGGUGCAAAUGAAAAAAGAAACGGUGCAGAUUUGAAAAAAAAAAGCCACAGCGGAAGUUAACAACACAAAAAAGUGGUGACAGAAAAAAAAAAAGUUAGUUACUGCAAAAAUAAAAGGAUGGAUAUAGAAAAAGCCACAACGGAAGUGAGCUGCAGGGGACCAAUAAUGAUGAUGCACCAGUGUUCUACAAUUUUUAUUUUUUAUUUUGCAUUGCCACAUUUUUCGUCUUAAACUUCUUUUUUUAAUCAAUUAAUUUAUUUUUUAUCUGCACUGCCCAUUUUUUAAAUUUGCAGCGGGCUUCGGUUUCUUUUAUUUUUUUAUCAGUAACUUCCGUUGUGGCUUCUUUUUUAUUUGCUGCAGCGGUGGUUCUCGGCCACCAUAACUAUGGUUAUAUUACAACAGAUUAGCAUUGUCCCAUCAGGAGAAACCAAAGGAUGUUGACUUAUACAAAGACUUCUUCAAAUGUCGUUUUGAUUAAGGUUUUUUAUUGCCUAUUUGCAUGUAGUCUUUCCCUUAUUAUCAUUAUUAUCUCAGUUUCAUAUUUGACCUUCAUUUUAUCGCCCGCAGUCGUGCAUGUGCAGCAGCAGCAGCUCACUCAUUAAGGUUUUCUUUUCCAUUGACUAAUGCGAGGAGGAAAUGUUCGUACUCACCUCUGCUCACCUGGAAUCCUCUGUGAUCCAAUUUGUGACUUACUACUCCAGGUCGGUGUGUGUAACCCUGAAACCUCCAAUGCUCUUAGGAGGAUGAACUCGAUGGCACUCCUGGAAACACAUUAGCUGUGUGCUGGAUACUGUCAGUCAUCAUAGAGAAGGUUUUUAUGGUUCAGGAUGUAACCUAUCUAAGGAGUUUCAACUUAAGUAUCUACUUACAUUAGAGCCAAACAAACUGAAUAAAUAUUUAAAAAAUAAAAUAGCUAAAUAUCUCAAUAUUCUGAGAGUGUGCAAGGCUUGUUUUAUUAUAUCCGUACUGCAUAUGUGCACUAAAAGCUUUUUUUUUUUCAUCGUUUCAGCUUCAAUAAUCAGCUCAAAUCAGGUUCAACUAAAAAAGACAAAUAUUAAACUUUAAAACAAUCUGUAAAUUCUGAUUUGAAGACAGUCUGAGACUAAAACAGAUAGUUAAUGUCUGCAGUUAUGCAUUUGUGUUGUUUUUUUUCUCUUUAACUUUUACUUCCAUGCAGUUGUACUGUAUCAGAAUCAGCUGAUUUUCACUUGAAGGUUUAACAUGAAUUAUUUAGACCCGUUCACCUUUUCAUUUAAGUUGAACUCACUUGUUUGUGAUAUCUGUAAAACAGCAGUCUGUAUUUUACUAAUGACUGUAAUUUGGCAAGAAAAAAAAUCAGUUUUUCUUUUUAAAACCAUUAAGUAAAUUGGUCUGGAGCAGGUUUGUCUCCCUCAGAGCUCUCUCCUCUUCUCUCUGGCACAGAGUCCUCACCUCCGGCCAAAUUACAGGAUCCAAUCCUCAUCUGAGGAAAGUGAAAGCAGAAAUCUAUUAACUAUCAGAGCUGCUCUAGGAGAAAAAAAACCUGUCUAAUGAUAGAUUUGUUUUAAGACACAUCUAAAGCAAGAAAGGGACUUAAAGCGAAGACUCAUUUGUCCACAGGGGGCGCCAAAAUUGACUCAAACUGAAAGUUCCUAAACUCUAAACUUCAUCUGCCUGCUAACUGUGAGAGCAGCAUGUAAAGUUAAAUUACACACGGUUACAUCUAAAUAUUACAAAGUGCAUGUGCACAUACUCUCUCAUACAUUUGUGCGCUCAGAUAUUCUCUGUAUUUUUAACUCAUGCUACCGUGAUUACAUGCAGAUCUUGAUUAGCUUACGAGCUCGUGGAUGAACCUAUCAUAUAGUUUAACCGUUUAGAGAGGAACGUUUAGAUUGUUUGGAUCUUCUGUAGGGCUGGGCGAUACGGCCUUAAUUCAAUAUCACGAUAUAUUGAUCAGUUCACCUCGAUAACGAUAAAUGGAUGAUGAGCAAAAUGACGUCAGUUAUUGUCGUCAAUUCCAGUAUCUGUAAAUUUUCGGUUUAUCGCCCAGCCCUAAUCUUCUGUCAGUACUCCUAACCUGAAAUAAGAUCAUAUUUUUGCUGCUAACUCUCCAACUUUUCAUGUUGUUUCUUUUCAGGAGGGGGGAGGAACUGUGGUGUUCAUGAGCUCAUCUGUGCCAGACGAGGUAAGACUGUUUCCCUCCACUUCUUAGUCUGCGUUUUCAUUUCCGAACAUUCAGUGUCUGGGAUGUAAUAUAAAGCCAUAACAUUUAUACAUCCCAGUAUUUUUUCCACCUUUUUUCAUUUCUGAGAACUAAAAUUCGGCGCACAGAAAAGUGUCCUUGCAUAAACUUCAGAGCAUAAUGUCUGUGUGUGAAUUAUGCAUGGCAUAUCAAGUUUGGCUCACUUCAGCAAAAGAAAGCAGCUGUGUGUUCAUGAUUUAUUCAGCGUCAAGGUUUUGUUUCGUAUCAGAGGUCCAUGUGUAAGCAACUUUUCCAGAUUGCCUACCCACUUUUUAAACAAGAAUGCCCUAGAAAGUUCAGCAGGGCCGCAGGUGUGUGAGCGCUGUGGUCUAGAUACCGAAAAAAGAGGGAUUAGUUAUGACGAGAGCAUCAGCGAUAUGUCGUCCUAAUAAACCCGUUAAAACAGGUACGAGUCACAAACAUGGAGGGACUCUAUCAUUGGGAAAAAAUGUAGUCAUUAUAAACCAACAAAAACGCUCACUUUGCCCCCCCCCCCCAUAAUAAUUAAGUUUGACUUCAUCAUAAUAUUUUAGUGCUUUUUAAACAGAGUAAUUUGAUUAAUUUAGUAUAAAGUAGAGAAUUAUUAAACAUCUCUGUAUUUGUUUUUUAAGUGUUUACUAAAAUCUUCACUCAGUAUUUCACAAAUGGAGCUUUUAGACCUUAAUAAAUGUAAAACAUUUUUUUUAUUUCAGGCAUCCUCAGUUUUGUACAGUAUUGCUGUGCUUUCUAACAUUUUUUUGUACAUGGCCUCCUACGGAAGCGUAUUGCAUUAACCAAAAAAAAUUAAAAAGCUCUGUUUUUCAGAGUAAUUUUUUCUGUUCUGUUCUUCGUACCAAUUUUUUUUCUUUUUUUUUGAAAUUUUUUUUUUCUGUUUUUUGAACUAUUUUUUUUCUGUUUUUUAGAUUUUUUUUUUAUUUUUUGUUGGACUAAUUUUUUCUAUUUUUUAGAUUUUUUUUAUUUUUUGUCGGACUAAUUUUUUCUGUUUUUCAGAUUUUUUUUUAUUUUUUGUUGGACUAAUUUUUUCUGUUUUCUGAGGUUUUUUUCCCUUGUUUUUCAGACUAAUUCUUCCAUUUUUCAGACCGUUUUCUUUUGUUUGUUUGACAAAAAUAGACAAUUUUUUUUCCUACCCUCAUUGACUUGUAGUCAAAGUUAUCUAGGAGCUGGAGAAUCCGCUGAUUUGGAGCCGCUGUGGUGGUCAACGUAAAUGAUUGUAUGAGAUUCUAACAGGAUUUUGAAGUAUCUCGCUUAGUCAGGAAAAAAAAUAGUCCAAAAAAAAGUCUAAAAACAGAAAGACGAGACAAAAUAGUAUGAAAAACAUUAAGAGGGGGAAAAAUAUUAGUACAAAAAACAGAAUAAAAAAUGGCCAUAAAAACAGAAAGAAGAAAAAAAAAUACUCAAAAAACAGUUUCCCCUUUUUUUUGUCCGUUAAUGCAAUACACUUCCGUAGCUUCCAACUGAGUUCAUGAUUAUCACACCCACAAAUUAGUUUUCAAUAACGCUAUUAAUCUGAGGUUAAACUGAAGUUUUGAUUUCUUAGAUGACAAAUAUAAACUUUGCUUUGCUUAAAUUCAACGACAACUUGUUAAGAUCGAGCCAAUCCUUUAAGACGUUUAAUUUACUCCCUAUUUAAUGCAGAAGCUGUUCUAGAUUUUUCCCUGAGCAGUAAAAAUUUGCGUCAGCAAACAAUACAAACUUUAAUAGCCUUGCAGAUGUCACGUUAAUGAGCAGAAUAAGUAUCUUGGGGCCAAGAACCGAGCCUUGUGGGACCCCAGAAGUAACGUAACAUCACAGUGAGGAAAUAUCACAUCAUUAGUUUCCGUCAGUGCCUCAUAGUUGGAGCAAUAUGACAGAAUAAUAAUUUGUAUUUCACUAAAUUGUCCUCCCAGGCUCUGCAGUCGUUUCUGGUUAUGACAGCGAACGUUUCAGCUGCUGGAGUCUCAACUGUGGAAAUAAACGACAGAUUGAAUCCUGAGGCUAGUCUAGAGUUUGGUUUCACUUCACAGGAUUGCAGGAUAAUUUGUUUGGUCAGUGUUUUUGUUUAGACAUAAAUGUAGAGAGGGGAGCACAGAGGGGAUUUAAGAGGAGCACAGAUAAGAAGGAGCAGGAGGAGGAGGAGGAGGAGGAGGAGAGGUAGCUUGAAAUUAAAAAAACGUUAAUCUUCUUCUGCUCUUCAAAGAAAUGUCAGACUUUCCAAGAAAAAUGGGGAUUAAAUGAAAAAAUAAUUGAAAGCGGGGUUAGCUGUGUCCAGAGGCGCUCCACUUUUGCAGUGUACAUUGACAGGAGGGUCAGGUUACCUCAGGUGUCUAAAUUAUUCAGCUGUCGUUGACAUUUACAGAGCAGGGCUGUGUAUGAAGUGCCAUCAAACCCGGGAGAAGCAGGGCCAGGAGCCGCGCGUUCGGACCACAGGCGGCUGCGGAGGUCAACGCGGCUCAAUCGACACAAAUGUCAGCAGUGAGAGUUGAUAUGUAACCCUGACCGGACCAAGAGUAGGGGAUUUAUUACACGUCGGAUCACUUCAGAGCAGGACGACUUUGUUUUCUUUCUGGGAUCUUUUAGCUGAAGUUUUCGUGUUUUUUGGGAACAGAUGGAUUUAUUCAUGUAGAGGAGGUAAGCCUGAAGCAGCUCCAUUACUCCUGUAUCUCUGACUCUUCUCUCCAGAGUGUUAGCAUUCAUCAUCCUGGCAGUCUGCAGCAGCAGCAGCAGCACAAGUUAUCAGGCUACAGCAGUCUCUGCCUGUUGCCAUGGUGAAACAAGUCUGUCCAUAAGUUCAGUCUGCAGCCGGGAGGUUUCUAAAAGUAUGAUUCUUCCUCUUUAUGUAACACAGUUUACACAGCGGCGAUGGUUGUGUUUGACAUAUUAGACUCAAAAUACGUCAUCUCCGUCUCUGUUUUCCUUUUUUUAAAGAGUCUGAAGCGAGUCCAUGUUAUCGUCGAGAAAAUUUGCCUUUAGUUCUGAAAGCUGAGACAUUUUUGUGCCGUAUGUUUUCCCAGAAAUAAACCUUUAAUCAUCUUCGUCUUUGUAAUAACGCAAAAUAAAAAAAAGGGUUUGAAAUAAAGUUCGUCCUUAGCUGUGAAGGAAAUUCAGCUCUGCUUUGUUCAAGAAUUGGCACAGACUCUGUUUCUGAAGAGUGUUUGAUGCUGCCAAGGGCGAUUACUCUGUUUCUUACACUACCUGUAAAUGUCGUAAGAACUAUUCAGAUAUAUUUGAAGCUUUACCUGCUGAAACCUUCCUGACUUUAAUGACAAACAAAUCCAUGAGCCGAGAUAUUUGGAGUCAGUGACCUCUUUAACGCUCAGAGGAGGAGGAUGACGGAGGUCGUUGUAGGUGACGACCUCGGUUCAGAUGUUGUAAUGAGGCCGAGUUCCUGCUUUCGCUCACCGCAAAUAAAAUAUAAAAUGAGUUAUUAAUCCACCAGAAAAUGUUACUUGAAAAGAAAGGUUUUUAGAAAAUUAACAACGAAUUGUUAAAUUUGUAGGAAACAUUUUACUAUUAAUUAAAAAAAAAAAAUGUCUGUGACCACCGUUUAAAGAUUCGUAAAAGUCGAUCAAACUCUUGACCGUAUCGUGUCUUUCAGCGUGAAUCAUUUCAUCAGUAUCUGAAGGUCUGUCCUCCUUUUGUUAGGAAUCUUUAAAAACCAAACAUACGGCGAAAAUUGACGCAAUUCCGGAUGCGGUGGAAAUCCUGGGUAAGUGUCUCGCAAAGGGACACAACAGAAAGACUCGGGAUAGGGAGGGAAUCAAACCGCCAACCUCCUAAUUUUUGGACGUUCGCUCCACCUCCUAAGAUACUGCUUUAAGGCUUUAUGUGACACUUGGUGUUAAAACCAUGUUCAGCUGGGACUUCCUGGUGUUAGAAUCUUUUUUCAUUCUUGAUUAUUUUCAAUCUAGAAAAAUAAAAACGAUGAAAUUAAAAUCUGUGAGAGUUAAACUGCUGAGAAACAACUUUAGAGAAACACCAUCACCAUCAUCACUUCUGUCCUUUAACAAAGAAAAUAAACAUUUUAUCAAAAUAGAAAAUAUUUCCUGUUUUCAGACACACUGAUGCAGCUACACUAGGACUCGUGUAAUCUCAACAUUACUCCUUGUUGGUGCUCACUCCUGAGUUCGGACUGGACCAUCUGUGUUUGCUGAACACUCAGCUGAGAGCGCACGUGUGGGUGUGCGAUGCCUUUACUAUCGUAUUAAGAGAUCCAGCAGAAUUGUCGUAAAGUUGCGCCGUGCUGCUCGGGGACUUCUCCUGAAUCUCAGUUCAGACGACCUGAAGUACAUCACGUCGUCUUCAGUCAGACAGCUCCAUUAAAAACGCUCCAUUCCCUCAUAUUUCCCCGUUGUCGUCAGCUGGUUCUCCACGGUGCGUCUGUAUAGUACCUUAUUAAGUGCAGGCCCAGCUCUCUGAGUCUACCUUGCAGUCAGAUACAGUCCCUUUGAGGCUCUCAUAAAAAUAGCUCAGCAGCAAAAGCAGCAGCAGCAGCAGAGGGCUGUGUGGUAACAUCAAGUACGGUUGGCCUACAUACACGGCUGUAGAUCCUAUCUGCUUCGCUUUGAAGUGGAAACCGAAUCUUAAAAAGAACAAAAGCUUUAAGCUCAUUUUGAAAACUCCUUCUAUCAUCAAACCGAAUCAUCUGCGCUUUCAGAGUGUGACUGUCUGCAGCCUUAAAAGCUUUUUGAUGUGAGCUCAGAAACACCUCCAUAACCAGGAGAACAUCCGUCUGUGUCUAAACCUGCUCUCUCUCCUCUUCUCCCUCUUCUUCUUCUCCUCCUCAGUCUCUCCUGAGCUGCUGGGUGUCCUGUCUUCCAUCGCAGCCUUCAUGGCAUUGAUGGCUUUGUUUUUUCUUUACCUCAGCAACAAGCUGUCAGUGGAGAGUCCUGACAACCUGACACACCUGAGCAGCUAUAAAAACAACCAGCCAGGUACUCCUGACACUCACACUCACACUGUGGUUUCAUUUAUUCACACACACACAUCACAGUUUUUAUCCAAAACUGUUGGACGCAGGAUUAGCAGAGUUGUGAGUUUGUAUCAGGGGGAAACUGUGUGAGAAGAAUGUGUAAAAACAGAAGAAACAGAGUUCAGAGUCGUGUCCUCUGAACACAUCAGUGAGCGAACAUUAAACUCCAGCGAGAGUUUGUGACUGUAGCGUUACUGUCAGUGAGAUAUUUUAGGAACGACCGGUGGAAACUCUCUAACGUGGAGAAAAAAAACGAUCUUUUUUAGACUCUGCUGAGAAGAGGCAGAAACUUACAUCUAAUUUAUGCUUUUGGUUCACCUCAUGUUUUAAUAUCAGACAUAAAAAUUAAGAGAGAGCAGAAUCAAUAAUUUAAAUAAUCUCAUUUCAAGUUUAACUUUCUUGUUUAAACAUUGAAGAAUUUUAAAAUGACAAAAACCGACCGCUUCCUUCUCCAGUUAUACCAACUUUAGUAACGACCGCAGGAUAGAAAUACAGAGAGCCACGCCCUCAACCAAAACGCCACUCUAUAACCACAAAUAAUGCUCAGAACAGCACCUAACUUCAUCAACAGGACAUAUAGGGUCACAGACAUAGUACUAGACACCAAACAUCUUUUUAACUUUGACUCAUUUCUUUAGCAAAGAGACUAAACACAACUCACCUACUCUCUUCCAGCAGACGCCUGUUUGAGGAAGUCAGUAAAAUAAUGAUCUUCAGGACAAACCAAGAACAAAACUUAAACCACCAAUAAACUGUCCUGAGUUUUAGGUUUCCUUGUAGUGGGUUCAACAUGCUUGAGUGUUGAGAAUGCCGCUGACGCACGCGUGUGUGCACACAUGACCUGGUGGGCGGGGCCUGUCAUUGUGACAAAGUAAAAAGCUACAAGGGCUGACUUUCAGACCUCUGCUGAGGUCGAUAAGAUCGGUGGAUAAAAUCGGUUUUGUAUGUAAGAAUCAGCCGAUCACCGAUCCCCAAAAUUGAGGAAAUUGGCGCCGAAGCCGAUUUAUUGGUGCAUAUUUUUAACUUUUUACUCAAACCAAAGUCUCUUUUUGUAUCAGACCUGAAGUUUAUUUAAUGUUAACGUUGGAUUUCGCAGCCAACCUCAGGAAGACACUCAUAGAAAUGUUGUUUCUUUGUUUUGCACAUUUGCCAACACGGGUUUCUGCUUGGUUUUAACUCACUGUUUAAUAACGGGUGUGCAAGAUUUCAGGGACUGUAUUUUAGUGUUGCAUCACAUUUCCUUUCGAGCUCCAGACUUAAAAAGAAAAUAGAAGGAUUGUGCAUCUCUGCAGGAACUGAAGAGAUAAGAUUCCCCUGAAUGUAUUUCAGGAUCCUCUGGAGUUUAUUUCUUUAUAUUUGGUUUAAUUUAGAUCCUAAUUCAUCCAAAGAAACAAUGGCUCCCUUACUCAACCUCAAUAAAGGUCUUUCAACAGAAAACCCUGCAGAGUAACACAAACACAAACACAUGAAAAUCACAAUAAUUUACUUUCUCCUGUUUGUAGCAGAGCUUGUCUGAAACCUUUCCUCCAAAAUCAGAGCUGAAAUGACCGUGAACACUAAUACUUGUCGGUCUGUGUUGAUCCAAGCCUUCACUGUGACCCUGGUGCCGCGCCCCGCUAACAAACACAUGUCCAUGUCAGCGCCUCUGAUGAGCUAAUCUGGCGGUGAGGGAUCCCCAGCUGAGACAUGGCGUUCUUCAAGAGCUUCCAGCAGAACCUCCCAUCUGUCAACAUUUCCUCCAUUUUGGACACGGUCACCAGCCGCGUGGACGACCUGGCUACGGCCGUCAGUGACGCCACAUACGCCGUCAGCGACCAACUCACAGAGCAGGUCACCACCAUCAUCAACAAGGUCCAAGAGGAGGAUGAGGGAGAGAACAACAGCGGCCAGGAGGCGGGGCAGGCGGCGGCGGCGGCGGCACAGGAAGGUAAAGCGAGCUCCAAAAGUAUGUGGCAAAUAUCCAGAGAACCAGAAACUGGAAACCAGGCCGGAGACGGGACAGAGGCAGAGUACACACAGAGCCAGCUGGAGUGGGAAUGGAGGGACGGAUGCUGGAGAGUGAAAAAGACAGAAGCCGAGCUAGCGGAGGAGGAGAAGAGGAAGAAAGAGGAGAGGGAGCAGGAGGAGAAAAGAGAGCAGAGGAGGAAAGAAAGGAGGGAGAAGCAGCUGGAGAAAGAGGCCAAGUUACAGAAAAAGAAGGAGGAACGUGAAGAAGAGGACGCCGGACAGAAGAGGAAGGGAAGCGCUGAUGGAGAUCAAGUAGGCGAUGAAUUCAGCGAACCUCCUCCGUCUCAAGAGAGCAAGCUAAAAGAAGAGGGGGAAGAAGAAGAAGAAGGAGGAGGAGGAGGAGAGGGAGAGAUGGAAGGAAGCCUGGAGAGAGAGGGGGAUGAUGAGGAGGAGGCCGAGGUUUCCAAAUCCUCCGCAACGGGAAAGAAGAAGAAGUCCGACAAGAAAAAAGCGAAAGGAGCGAAAAACUCCAAGAAAUGUCAGGAGAGCUCAGACGGAGAGAAGAAGGAGAAAGGGAAGAAGGGCAAGAAGAAGAAGAAGAAGAAAGGGAGCAAAGGUUAGAGAGUGUGCCUCCUCCACCGCCUGGAUCUCUUCUUCUUCUUCUCCUCUCCUCUGUGCCUCAUUUCUAACCUUUCCAGAGUGUCGUGCACAAACGUAACGCGUCUGUUUUCAUGUGAUGAACUGAAACUCCUCGUGUUUGUGUGCAGAGGGAGUUUUGUCCGACAGCGAGGAGGAGAAAGGACCCGAGGAGACCGUCCAGCAGAACACGACGGCGUCCGUGUGGAGCAGCAAACGCAAACCGUCCGCCGAGCAGGGAGGUUACAGCAGCGAGGCCUCGAGUGAGCGAGGUGAGAGAGUGAGAGAGAGAGAGAGUGAGAGAGAUGAGAGAGUGAGCGAGUGAGAGAGUGAGAGAGAGAGAGAGAGUGAGAGAGAGAGAGAGAGAGAGAGAGAGAGUGAGCGAGGUGAGAGAGUGAGAGAGAGAGAGAGUGAGCGAGUGAGAGAGUGAGAGAGAGAGAGUGAGAGAGUGAGAGAGUGAGAGAGAGAGAGAGAGAGAGAGAGAGAGAGAGAGAGAGAGAGAGAGAGAGAGAGAGAGAGAGAGAGAGAGAGAGGGAGAGAGUGUUUGACGACACGGGCAGAGAAACCAGAAACAGACAUCAGACAGUCCGUUUCCAUGACACUCGAGAAAACCGAAUUAUCGCCUUAUUCUGAUUAAGACCGAACAACUGAAGUAAAUGUAAACACCUUAGUCCGACUCUUAUCGAAGUUUGAGAACUGCGAUUAAGACACCCAGAUGAUGCGACUGGAAUCCAAUUUUCUCUACCAUGUAACCAGCGUAGUCAAAAUAUGAUCGAUUAAUGCAUGUUACGUGUGCGCCACGCCCACGUAACGCCAGAACAAAAACACCAGAGAAGAAGAAGCGGCGCUAUCAUUUAAAGAACUUUUGACUCAGAAGUAACUACGACAUGUUUGAAGCAUGAAAGAAUGUCCACUUUUGGACGACGCUUUCGGUCCUGACAGAAACUGACAUUUUAAAGUAUAUUGAUGGUCGCAAAACGAGGAAUGGAGACAUCUGUAACGGGAAAUUUCCACUGCAUCCAGAACGGCUACGAAAAGAUUGUAUCCUCCGAUCUUAGCUGAUCGUAACCAUCCAAGUUAACGUGUCAAUUUACACCAGCUUCUUUGCGUUCCUCUGUGGAUCGCCAAACUCUGCAGCUGAUCGCAAGAGCCGGAAUUUCUUCCGUAUCUGAAAAGUCCCAUACCGCCCCCUAGUUUUGGGGAGGAGAACACGCUCAUGUCAAUAAUCCGAUUUUCUCAGCUGCAUGUACAUACGGACGAUUCACCAAAGUACACUUUGGUGAAAAAAAAGAAUUAUGAGCUUAGUCUGAUUAAGUUGUGCAUGUGAACGUAGUGUGUUUUGGCGAAGGACACAGACCGCUCUUUUGAGUUUCAGAGGUAGACUCACCUGUCACCGUUUAGGAGGUUAAGUGGACUGUAUGUGGACUGUACGCUGCUCCACUCCAGAGCUCUCCGCCUCUCUGGUGUCACUCCUUUCAUCUCACAUUACUCCUUUAUUCCCUUCAGUCCCCAACAGCAUCCAGAGAAUAAAGAAGGACUCUUCGCUCAGUGAGCACCAGCCUCCUCCCUAUCAGGAUGACCGCUCGGCCACACGGGUGUCGUCUCGCUCCCGCUCUGAGCGCGGGGUCAGGAGGGGGUCGUCCCCGCAGCACUGUGACAGCGCCCGCUGCUCCAGUGAGGCCAGUGUGGACCAGGAUUCAGAGAGCUACCUCAACAAAGGCUGUGAGGAGGACAUACCCAGUGACAGCACGGCUGUGCUGGGACUAGAGGUGAGAGAAGAGGACGGGGUUAGGGCUGGGCGAUAAACCGAAUAUUUACAGAUACCAACAUUUACGACCAAAAGGUUUGUGGUUAUGAAACUCAGUUGACGACGCUUGUUGAUGAAACCUCAAACUAGUGUAUAACUGCGCUCUGAGGGUCUAAAAUAAUACGUUUAUCCGGGCUGAACGAUGUAUAAUUUGCAUGUGCACAAGUUGCAUCACCGGACUUGUGUCAGUCACAUGACAUUUAACACGUCAUGCUAUCACCAGCAAAUUGCCAAACAGUGAAAGGCGUUUUAAGACAUUGUGUUAGGGCUGGGCGAUAAACCGAAAAUUUACCGAUACCAAAAUUUACGACAAUAACCAACGUCAUUUUGCCUAUAUCGGUAUAUUCUGUGUCAAAAGUUGUUUUUGGAUGUGUGUAGGUAGGCUAUGGUCUCAUGUCCCUUUAAGACACUGUCCUACGUCAGAGACGUGACUCCACCCCAUCCAGUCUGUAACAAAGAGGGAAAGACAGGUGAGGAGAUGGAGGACGGAGAGAAAGUUGUAGCGGCUGAAGUAGAUGAAGUUAAUGUGGGAGGGGGUGAUCAGCUUGUGGAGAAGUUAUCGUCCAUUUAUCGUUAUUGAGGUAAACUGAUCAAUAUAUUGUGAUAUUGAUUUGAGGCCAUAUCGCCCAGCCCUAUACAGGAUGUCAAAAAAGUGUUCUUAAGAGUUGGACAUUUGCUUGAAACAAAUGUGACGUUACACGAGCAAACUCUCAGAUUAAAGGUUUAAGUGUGUUGAUGUAAUCCUCAAAUGGGACUACAGGGGGCGCCAAAUGGCUUGUUCAAAAAAUGUCAUGAGAAUUUUAGAUCAAGAUGUGACGUCAUCAGACAGUGAAGCUCCUUAAAGGGACGAAUUUGUCAUUUUAUACUGAGAAACAAAACUUUGUUGCGUGGCAGCAGUGGAGGAGGCUUCUAGAAUACUGAAUUCCGGAAUAAUGGGGGGGUCUUAAAGGGACAGGGAGGUGAUUCUCCGCUCUGUCGUCCCUUUAACCUCCGUGUUCGAAGUCACGGUCAUUAAUAAUUCAUCAGGCGUUUACACCAGAGACCACUGCGGUAAAUAAAUCGCUUGUUUACUAUUACAGUGUCAGUUACAACAACAACAAGUCAUCACGCAUCAGAGGACAGGGGGGUAACCGGGUGACUGUAUUUGAUUACUCUGGACUGACACGGUCCACUCACUGUUAGAGGUUAAAGUCGUCUGAUAAAUAUCAACGAUUGGACGUCAUUUUUCAUCGUCUUUUUGUAAGAAAAUCAGAAAAACUCAAACUCUGAAUAGAAAGUUAACUUUUCAUAUCUUUGACUCACCCCCUCGCCUCACGAUGAACUUAAAUCUGUGAGAACUUCAUCAGAUUAACUGACAGGAGAUUCACUUCCUCUCCUCUGUUAUUCUGACGUCUUUUCUCUCUCUCCUCUGGUUCUUUCAGGACGGUUCUGGUCCUCAGCUCCCGACCGCCUAUGAACCCGAGGUCCUCGGGAAAUACGGCACUCUGGACGUCGCCUUCGAGUACGACUCCAGCGAGCAGUGGUUGGCCGUCACCGUCACGGCGGCGACGGACAUACCCGAGCUCAAACAGACGGGUAACAUCGCGUGGCAGGUCCACCUGGUCCUCCUGCCCACGAAGAAGCAGCGAGCCAAGACGGGCGUGCAGAAAGGCCCGUGUCCUGUCUUCACUGAAACCUUCAAGUUCUCCAGGGUGGAACAGGACGCCCUCGGGGACUACGCCGUUCGAUUCCGCCUCUACAGCAUCAGAAGGAUGAAGAAGGAGAAGGUCCUCGGGGAGAAGGUGUUCUACCUGACUAAGCUCAACCUGCAGGGCAAAAUCGCUCUUCCUGUCACCCUGGAGCCGGGCUCAGAACUUACAGUGAGAACAUUUUGUGAUUUUUGUUCGACUCUGUGCUCAGAAAAUAGCAGCUGUGGACUUAAAGUCUCCAACUGUAGAGAGUGUGUUGUAGAAAUCACAGUAGGUCAGUAAAUCUCUGCAGGUGAAGAAGCUUUAAGACCCUAAUAAGUCAUUUUUUUAAUUCCUAGGAGUCAAAUCUAAAAGUUUGGAUGAAAAUUUCCUUCCUCUUUCCUUUGUGUUUCUUCCUCUCAGGGUUGCGGCUCCAUGGUGAGCGUGUCUCGCAGCGCUGGAGCCGUGUCCUACCGCUCGACAGAAGACACCUCUUUGCCAGAGAUCCUCCUGGGUCUCAUUUACAACUCCGCCACAGGACAGUUAUCAGCCGAGGUCAUCCAGGGAAGCCACUUCAAGUCCACGUCGGACAAACCCAUCAGUACGUACAUAAACUUCAUGUUUAAAGGGAUAUUCCGGCGUAAAGUUAAUUUAGGGUCAAACACACCGUAACACUGAGUUAGACACCUCCUCCAGAGAUGAGAUGUCGUGGUCCUCUGGGUCUUUCUUUGUCAGUAUACCCCUCACACAGACAUCUAUACUGAGCUGAUCUCACAUAUCUGGACAUGCGAGACGUUGUUUUUUGUGCAGGAAAAACCUGGAAAAAUGAGAAUUUCCAAAAUCUCACGAUUAGAAGAGGAUCUGACUGUCAGUGCACUUAUGAUUUCAGUUUUUGCUCUGAUUAUCAGAUAUUGAUCUAAUCGGGUCAACAGCGACUCUAACACGACAAGUGCCAUAAUUUUAAUAAGAGCAUUUUAUGAUUUAGUGAAUUUAAUUUUUUCAUUUUUAUUUUGUUGAAAUAGAGGUUCCUGACAAAACUAAAAAGUCAAUGCAAAAAAAAAAUAUUUUAGUGGUUCUUUUAAGCAUUUAAAAUCAAAAACAUGUCGGUGCAGACCCUAACACAGGAGGAUGGUUGACUUUGACUAAUUUCUUUAGCAAAGAGACUAAACACAACUCACCUACUCUCUUCCAGCAGCCACUUGUUUGUCCAUUACAGACUACAGCGGGGUGCCGCAGCUCAAGGAAGAACAUUUAUGAUCAUUUCUUUAUCAUUUCCUUGAAGUAAUAAUCACCAUAUUAAUCAUUUUACACUGCAGACGUGGUAGUUCUUCUGUCUUAUCAUAAAUGUUCUUCCUUGAGCUGCGUCACCCCGCUGUAGUCACUCCCUGAGGUCUAGCUACAAACAAGCGGCUGCUGGAAGAGAGCAGGUGAGUUGUGUUUAGUAUAGCUAGUACUAUGUCUGUGACCCUAUAUGUCCUGUUGAUGAAGUUAGGUGCUGUUCUGAGCAUUAUUUGUGGCUAUAGAGUGGCGUUUUGGUUGAGGCUUGUUUAUGGCUCCUCAGACCACUGUGUAUUGCUAUCGUGCGGUCGUUACUAAAGUUGGUAUGACUUUUAUUUUUACAAAUGUAUUUUACGCCAGAAUAUCCCUUUAAUGUCUCUGGUUAUUUGCAUGUUUGGACUGAAGUGUGAAUUUUAUCUUCUAGUGUCUCUUUCCUAAAGCAUGUUUUAGAGAUGGGAAAGUUUCUCGGCUGUUUCCUGCUCCAUUACACUAAAAUGUUUCCUGAGGUUUUUAAUCCCUCAGUGAAAGUCUGAAUCUUGCCUCUUUUCUCUCUUUCCUUUUCUAAACUUUGUGCUGCUGCUUCUCCUCUGUGUGCCAAAGACGGUCUGUUUUGUUGUGUGAAACACUUUGUGGGGGGUCAGCUUUACAUCAUGAGAGGUAAGAAUAUGAAAGGAGAGAAGGAAAUGACCCAGAAGUAUUAACUCAUGUGUAGUUGCAGUACCACGAAGCCACCACUUGAUGGCACCCUCUGACCGCUCUUCUCCUCACAGACACCUACGUGAAGCUGACCAUGCUGGACUCCAAGGGGAAGGAGAUGUCCAAGUGUAAGACGGCCGUGUGCAGAGGACAGCCAAACCCCACCUACAAGGAGACGUUUGUGUUCCAGGUGGCGCUCUUCCAGCUGUCCGAGGUGUCGCUGGUAUUGACAGUGUUCUGCCGCCGGAGCAGCAUGAGGCCCAGGGAGAGGCUGGGCUGGGUCUCCCUGGGCCUCAACAGCACCAGCGAGGAGCAGCAGGCUCACUGGACAGAGAUGAAGGAGGCGGAGGGACAGCAGGUCUGCCACUGGCACACUCUGACCGACACAUAA